AUGGCGGACCGCUUCUCCCGCUUCAACGAGGACCGAGACUUUCAGGGUAAUCACUUUGAUCAAUAUGAAGAAGGACAUUUGGAAAUUGAACAAGCAUCCCUUGACAAGCCUAUAGAAUCGGAUAAUAUUGGACAUCGCUUACUCCAGAAACAUGGGUGGAAGCUGGGCCAGGGAUUGGGAAAAUCUCUUCAGGGGAGAACAGAUCCCAUUCCAAUCGUUGUCAAGUAUGAUGUCAUGGGCAUGGGUCGCAUGGAAAUGGAGCUUGAUUAUGCUGAAGAUGCUACCGAACGGCGCCGUGUCCUAGAAGUAGAAAAAGAAGACACGGAAGAACUGAGGCAGAAGUACAAGGAUUAUGUUGACAAAGAGAAGGCCAUUGCCAAAGCAUUGGAAGACCUUAGAGCCAACUUUUACUGUGAACUCUGUGAUAAGCAGUAUCAGAAACACCAGGAAUUUGACAACCAUAUCAACUCCUAUGAUCAUGCACACAAGCAGAGAUUGAAAGAUCUCAAGCAGAGAGAGUUUGCUCGAAAUGUCUCCUCAAGAUCCCGCAAGGAUGAGAAGAAACAGGAGAAAGCCCUACGGCGGCUCCACGAGUUGGCAGAGCAAAGAAAACAAGCUGAAUGUGCACCUGGAAGUGGUCCCAUGUUUCGACCAACCACAGUGGCUGUAGAUGAAGAAGGUGGAGAUGAUGAGAAAGAAGAAUCAGCAACAAACAGUGGCGCAAGUACCACUGCCACUUGUGGCCUGGGAUCUGAAUUCUCCACAGAUAAAGGAGGCCCAUUCACUGCAGUACAAAUCACUAAUACCACUGGGCUGGCACAGGCUCCUGGGCCAGCCUCUCAAGGCAUCAGCUUUGGCAUUAAGAAUAAUCUAGGGACCCCACUGCAAAAAUUGGGAGUGUCAUUUUCCUUUGCCAAGAAGGCUCCUGUCAAACUCGAAUCAAUAGCAUCAGUUUUCAAGGACCACGCAGAGGAAGGGACCUCUGAAGAUGGAACAAAAGCUGAUGAAAAGGGUACAGACCAGGGACUGCAGAAGGUGGGAGAUUCUGAUGGUAACAGUAAUCUUGAUGGUAAAAAAGAGGAUGAAGACCCUCAGGACGGAGGGUCCCUUGCCUCAACAUUAUCUAAGUUGAAAAGAAUGAAGCGAGAAGAAGGAGCUGGGGCUACAGAACCAGAGUAUUACCACUACAUCCCCCCAGCACACUGCAAAGUAAAACCUAAUUUUCCUUUUCUACUCUUUAUGAGAGCCAGUGAACAAAUGGAAGGUGAUACUAGUACACACCCAAAGAAUGCCCUAGACAGCAAAAAAAGUAGUUCUCCCAAGCCUAAAGUCUGCAUCAAGGUGACAGCAAGCCAAGGAGCAGAAAAGACAGUUAGUGAAAUCUCCGAACAGCAGAUGGAAACCAGUGCGACUGAGCCCUCAGAGCCUGGAAGCAAAGCUGAGACAAAGAAGCCCUCAGUGGGGGAUGUAAGUGAGCAUAGUUUAGAGAGUCAGAGUCAGAAGGAUUCAGAGAUCCAAAUGCGUGAGUCUGACCCUCCUAAAGAAACUUCUCAGGCUACUCCAGCAGGGAAAGAAAGUCGGGAGGGACCCAAACAUCCAACCGGUCCUUUCUUUCCUGUUUUAAGCAAAGAUGAAAGCACUGCCCUCCAGUGGCCAUCAGAACUGUUAAUUUUCACGAAGGCAGAACCCUCCAUUUCGUACAGUUGUAACCCUUUGUAUUUUGACUUCAAGCUUUCAAGGAACAAAGAUGCCAGAGCAAAAGGAAUGGAAAAGCCGAAGGACAUAGGAGGCUCCUCAAAGGACCAUCUCCAAGGCCUUGAUCCUAGUGAGCUACAUAAAAGCCAGGAGGAGGAAGAGAGUGUUCAACAUUCUUCAGGAGGCAGAAUCGAUGCACCUGCUUCAGGGGCUACCUGUAGUGGCCUAAAUAAGCAAGAGCCUGGGGGUAGCCAUGGAUCAGAGACAGAAGACACAGGGAGAAGCCUUCCUAGCAAGAAAGAACGAUCUGGGAAGUCCCACCGACACAAAAAGAAAAAGAAGCACAAAAAGUCCAGCAAACAUAAACGGAAACACAGGGCUGACCCAGAAGAGAAAAGCUCUAAGGCAGAAUCUGGGGAGAAGUCUAAGAAGCGCAAGAAGCGAAAACGAAAAAAGAAUAAGUCAUCAGCCCCAGCAGAUUCUGAACGGGGGCCCAAACCAGAACCCCCUGGUAGUGGUAGCCCUGCACCACCAAGAAGACGGCGGCGAGCCCAGGAUGAUUCCCAGCAGAGAUCCCUUCCAGCUGAAGAAGGAAGCAGUGGCAAGAAGGAUGAAGGUGGAGGUAGUGGGAGCGCCCAGGAUCAUGGUGGGAGGAAACACAGGGGUGAACCUCCCACAUCAUCCUGCCAACGAAGAGCUGGCACCAAACGGAGCAGCCGAUCCAGCCAUCGAAGUCGACCCAGUAGUGGAGAUGAGGACAGUGAUGACGCGUCAUCACGCCGGCUGCACCAGAAGUCUCCAUCCCAGUACAGUGAGGAGGAGGAGGAAGAGGAGGAAGAGGAAGAGGAGGAGUCAGGCAGUGAGCAUUCCCGAAGCCGCUCACGGUCUGGCCGGCACCAUUCCUCUCGCCAUUCCUCCCGGCGCUCUUACUCCAGUAGCUCAGAUGCUUCUUCAGACCAGAGCUGCUAUAGUAGACAACACAGUUACUCUGAUGACAGCUACAGUGACUAUAGUGACCGGUCACGAAGGCACUCCAAGCGCUCCCACGACUCUGAUGACUCAGACUAUGCCAGCUCCAAGCACCGGUCCAAGCGGCACAAAUAUUCAUCUUCUGACGAUGACUAUAGCCUCAGUGGCAGCCAGUCCCGAAGCCGAUCUCGGAGUCAUACCAGAGAGCGCUCAAGAUCCAGGGGCCGCAGCCGCAGCAGCAGCUGUAGUCGCAGCCGGAGCAAAAGGAGAAGCCGCAGCACCACCGCCCACAGCUGGCAGCGGAGUCGGAGCUACAGCCGGGACCGCAGCCGCAGCACCCGGAGCCCUUCACAGAGGUCAGGCUCCAGGAAGGGGUCGUGGGGGCACGAGAGCCCUGAAGAGAGGCGUUCUGGUCGUCGAGACUUCAUUCGCUCUAAAAUCUACCGCUCCCAGUCUCCCCACUACUUCCGAUCAGGCCGGGGAGAAGGUCCUGGGGAGAAGAAGAAAGAAGACAGCAGAGGAGAUGAUGGUAAGGGGAUAGGCCCACCCUCCCAGAGCAGCAGCGUUGGCCCAGGAAGAGGGUCAGAAGGUGACUGCAGCCCUGAAGACAAGAACUCUGUCACCGCCAAGCUGCUACUGGAAAAGAUUCAGUCAAGGAAAGUGGAGAGGAAACCCAGUGUGAGUGAGGAGGUGCUGGCCACCCCUAAUAAGGCCGGGCUCAAGCUCAAGGACCCCCCACAAGGUUAUUUUGGACCCAAGCUCCCCCCUUCUCUUGGCAACAAGCCUGUCCUCCCUCUGAUAGGGAAGCUCCCAGCUACCCGAAAGCCCAACGCCAAGAAAUGUGAAGAGUCUGGCUUAGAAAGGGGAGAAGAGCAAGAACAGUCAGAGACAGAAGAAGGGCCUCCAGGAAAUAGUGAUGCCCCAUUUGGACAUCAGUUCCCCUCAGAGGAAACAGCUGGCCCCUUAUCAGACCCACCCCCAGAAGAGCCAAAGUCUGAAGAAGCUGCUGCUGAUCACCCUGUGGCUCCGCUAGGCACCCCAGUGCACUCUGACUGCUAUCCUGGGGACCCAUCCAUCUCCCAUAACUACCUCCCUGACCCCAGUGAUGGGGACACCCUUGAAUCCCUGGAUAGUGGCAGUCAGCCAGGCCCUGUGGAGUCCAGCUUGCUGCCUAUAGCAUCAGACCUCGAGCCCUUCCCCGGUUACGCACCGCCCAGUGGGGAACCCAGUAUUGAGUCAGUUGAUGGAGCCGAGGAUGCAUCCCUCGCCCCCCUGGAGAGCCAGCCCAUCACCUUCACUCCCGAGGAGAUGGAGAAGUACAGCAAGCUCCAGCAGGCCGCACAGCAGCACAUCCAGCAGCAGCUUCUGGCCAAGCAGGUGAAGGCCUUCCCCGCUUCGGCUGCCCUGGCCCCAGCCACUCCAGCCUUGCAGCCCAUCCACAUUCAGCAGCCGGCCACGGCCUCUGCCACGUCCAUCACAACUGUGCAGCACGCCAUCCUACAGCAUCAUGCUGCAGCAGCUGCUGCUGCCAUUGGCAUUCACCCCCACCCUCACCCCCAGCCACUAGCCCAAGUGCAUCAUAUCCCCCAGCCCCACCUGACCCCCAUCUCCUUGUCCCACCUCACUCACUCCAUCAUCCCUGGUCAUCCCGCCACCUUUCUGGCUAGCCACCCCAUCCACAUCAUUCCCGCUUCGGCCAUCCAUCCCGGGCCCUUCACCUUCCACCCUGUUCCACACGCUGCCCUCUACCCUACCCUGCUGGCUCCCCGGCCUGCUGCAGCAGCUGCCACUGCCCUCCACCUUCACCCACUGCUUCACCCCAUCUUCUCAGGUCAGGACCUGCAGCACCCUCCCAGCCAUGGCACAUGA